AAAACUAGAUAGAAGUAUAAGAAAAGUGGUUUUCUGUAACGUUCAAGAGUAGGAAAGCUGAGCAUUAAUUACUCAUUUUUGGGUGAAAAGUUCGGCAAACUUUGGUCGUCAUGGCGGACACGGAGAGAAGACGUCCUAUGAUCGGAGCUAUGUUCCGUGGCCCGGGACCCGCUGCUUAUGUUUUACCAGGAUCUACAGGUUACAUUGGACAUGAUUGUACGAAAUACAAGAAACCAGCCUUCAGUUUUGGCGCAAGAACGUGGAAAAAUCAACAGUUGACAGGACCUGGUCCUAAAUACAAAAUAGAAGAUGUUACGCGAUUCGGAAUGGAAGGGACACCGAAGUAUACUCUCCAUUCGCGAACAAACUUGCAAGGGAAAUUUCAAACGCCGGCUCCUUGUGAGUUCAGUUUGUUCUCUUAGCUCCAUUUAUUGUAGAGUUUGUUUAUCCUGUAGUGCUGUGUAAGAAAACAAUGGAACGCGGAGUUAAUUUCUUGUUCCACAACCGGCGCGUCCUCGGAGACGCCAUAAGAACAAAGUAUGUAUGCACACAUGUCUGGUAAACUGUCGCGCUCAAUAGGCUCAAGAUCUACCUAAAUCUAAACAAAUGUCUAAAAUAAGCGCAGACUUUUAACUCCCUCCCGAAUAAUUUUACUGGUAUCUUCUCUUGUGGUGGAAUCCUCUUAAAAGUGAUAUCUCAUUAAGUGAAAUUAUUAGAAUUUCGAUUAUUCGUUCCCUCCCCUCCCUUUAUCUUUCCGGAAAAACCUCCAAAAUACUAAAUCUAAGCCUUUCAGCCCACAGACGACACUUUUAACUCCUCUGAAUGUCCAGUGUCUAUUUUCUCCUCACAGUAAUACUUCUAAGUCAUUCAUUUAGAUUAUGGGAAUGAAGAAAAUGAUCACCAACCUAAGAAGCUUUGAUUGUUUAACAAAUUCUCCCUUUCAGUAUUUAAGGAAAUGUACAGAGAAGUGUAUGGAGAAUAUGGAUACUGAUGUUAGGGAAUGAAAGGUUUAUAAUAACUAGGUACUGGCUAAAAUAGUUGGAGAAACAUGCUUAUUAUUGGGGUAUUGGCAGUUAAAUAAUUAGUUUUUAACAGAAUAUCCAACUUAUUGUGACUUUCACCUUGUGGUAAUUUUCUCCAAGGGGAUUACAAGGCAGAGAAGAAGCCAGUAUUUAAACAUGCCUUUCCCCCGCAAUAUUCCUUUGGUUUGCGCACUCCAUACGGAAAGCAGGACAACAACCCAGCCCCGAAUAAUUACAACAUGCCAUCAAUAAUUGGUCCUAAGGCUGUAGGAAAGAAGUCUUCAGCUGCUUUCUCUAUGACAAGUAGAUCAAAGAUUGGAAGUUUUCAUGAGGAUUUGCAGAAGGUUGGUGUUUGUAGAUUGUAUGAGGAAGAGUUUUACUGAUUCAAAAUGUUGAUAGUACUCAUGUUGUGCUUGUUAGGACAGUUUGCCUCCAGUGUCUUAGCUUUUAACUAUUUUGGUACCUCUCUCCCAACCCAUGCCAGGAAAACCUGAUGAAAUUGAAAUGCUGAGGAGGAGGAAAUUAAAUGUUAUCUAAUGGUAUAAUAAAAACUAUCAUCACCUCUACCAGGCAAAUAAUCAUGGGGCACCCCCAAUUCUACAUCCUUGGUUCCUUGAUAAAGCUCCAAAACAAAUAAUAUACUACAAUGAGCUAUGAAUUAUAAGCAUCCUGGUCAGACAAAUGCGCAAAAUUGUAUAGUAUCAUGGUUUUAAUUGCUUUUAGGUGUACAAAUACAUUUAAGAAUGGAUUCUAAUAUACAGUUUGUCUUACUUUUCUUUAGAAAUAAACACUAUUGUUACUCUCUCUCAUCUUUCAAUAUUUUCACCAUCUUUGUAUGCAGACUCCUGGACCAGGCACAUAUAAAGUGACUGAUCCAAAUAUCUACAGGAACAGGAAGCCCAUAUUUUCCAUGACAGCUCGUAACAAUGCGCCUGGUGACCGAACCCUAAAACCAGGACCUGGAGCCCACAGACCAGAACUGGUGAGAAAAGAUCUUAGUGGACAUUUUGAUUAAGUACAACCAAAAUGCAGAACCAAAGAAAGAAAUCACAACAGCCAAUCAGAACUAAGUUUUAGAAUAUAUCAAGGAGGUUAAUGCAAAUGUGGUUCAACAAGAAUCUAUGGAAAUAUUUUUGUGACCCCUGAUGUCAAGAUUUUUCUCAAGUUUUGUUUCUGAAACACUGAGAGGAGAAUGGUAUCAGUUUCCUUGACCAAUCACUACAUGAGCUUAGUAUUAACCCUUGACAUCCUAUCAUCAGUAUGCAUAUUCUCCAUACUGUUCUCUAUACAUUUCUUGAGAUGCUGACAAGGAGAAUUUGUUAAAUAAUCAAGAGCCUCUUAAGUAAUGGUAAUCAUUUUCAAAUUGAGAUGGAUGACAAGAAGAGGAAUGUUUAGUGCACAAUAAAUAAACAUGUAAAUGAAAAUUUUAAAAUAUCAUUGCUUGGGCAUCUAUGGUCAGUUUUGUUUAGCCGUUAAUUGUCGUAGAAAUGUGUGGCAUAUUUUUUUUUAUUAAUUGAAAUCUGAUUGAAUUUAUUUUCUUCUCUUUCAGUGCUAUGCUACAUUCAAAAGACAACCCUCUUUUCACUUUGGCCAGAGGUGGUCUGAGUAUGUUGCACCACUGAUUGUGGAUCCUAUUGAUUAAUGGAGAUUUUUAGCUGGUAGCAGCCAUAUUGUUUGUGCCUGCCAACUCUGAGUCAAGCAGAUCAGAAGAUUUUAAUUUCAUGUCAGUUCAAUGGCCUUCCUGAUUAAUAGCUCAUAGAUGUCACAAACAUUUAUGUUAUUCUGUAAAUGGUUUGAACCUUGGGGUAAAUUUUUAUUUUGUGAUUAUCGUCUAGGUAAGGGCAGUCCUGAGAAGGACUGUUGUCAGUAGUAGGGAAUGAGAUUUUGACAACCAAAGUGGAAGUAAUCAUUAUUUUGUUAUUACAGUCUUGAUAGUAACAUUCUUCUAAAAUAUGUAUUGAAACAGACAUUCAAUUGAUUGUAAAAUGAUCAUACUUCACCCAGUAUAGAAGGGAGAAAACUGGAGAUUCUGUAAAGGAUGCUGCUGCAUUCAGUAUCCCUGGAAGUGUGUAGUUAUCUUGCCUUUUU